GAGGAAGCUUCAUUAAUUUGUAUGUAGUCCCCGCCAGUCUGCCCCUCCCACCCCUCUGAACUCCCACAUCCAUCCAUCCUUCGCCCAUCUUGUUGCCCGGUCAUGGCGCCCCGCGUCGUGAUCCCCGUCGACAAGAACUGGCAAUUUAGACAGGCAGACAAGGAGGACUCCAAGUUCCUGCCCGUCAGCCAGUUCCCAACCAAUGUCCACCUCGACCUGCAACACCACGGCCUGAUCCCGGAUGCGUUCAUCGGCAAGAACGAGCUCGCCGUCCAGUGGGUGGGUGAGGCGCAAUGGACGUACCGGACCAGCUUUGCAGCCCAGCCGGUGCCCGCGGGUGAUGCCAGGGCAGUGUUCGCCUUCGACGGGCUCGACACCUUUGCGACAGUCGUGCUCAACGGCACCACCAUCCUCGAGACGGACAACAUGUUCGUCCCAGAGCGGGUCGAUGUGACCUCGGUGCUGAAGGAGGAGAACGAGCUGGUCAUCACCUUUGACAGCGCCUUCCUGCGCGGGUGCAAGCUGGUCGAGAAGUACCCGGAUCACAAGUGGGGUUGCUGGAACGGCGACACCUCGCGCCUGGCCGUUCGGAAAGCGCAGUAUCACUGGGGCUGGGACUGGGGCCCGACCCUCCUGACCUGUGGCCCCUGGAGGCCGAUCAACCUUGAGAUUUACGAGUCGCGCCUGGCGGAUCUGCACGCCGAGACAGUGGUCGACAAGUCGCUGAGCCGUGCCAAUGUCACGGUGGCGGCACCGGUCGAAGGGAAGGCAGGCAAGGUGCGGUUUGAUGUCUCGUUGGACGGCCAGCAGGUGGCCUCCGAGACUGUCGAUGCCAGUUCCGGCACAGCCAGCGUGUCAUUCCUCAUCGACAGCCCCGCCUUGUGGUACCCCAUCCGCUAUGGCAAGCAGCCCCUCUACGACAUCAAGGCGACGCUGCUUGACGGGGACGAGGAGGUGGACGCCCUCUCCAAGCGGAUCGGUCUUCGGAGGGCCGAGCUGGUCCAGCGGCCCGUUCAGGAGCAGCCGGGCACGAGCUUCUUCUUCGAGGUCAACAACAUCCCCGUGUUCUGCGGCGGCAGCGACUGGAUCCCCGCCGACAACUUCAUCCCCCGCAUCGGCCGCGAGAAGUACUACGACUGGGUCAAGCUGGUGGCCGAGGGCAACCAGGUCAUGAUCCGCGUCUGGGGCGGCGGCAUCUACGAGGAGCAAGCCUUCUACGACGCCUGCGACGAGCUUGGCGUGCUCGUGUGGCAGGACUUCAUGUUCGGCUGCGGCAACUACCCGGCCUGGCCGGAGCUGCUACAGUCGAUCGACCGCGAGGCGCGCGAGAACAUCAAGCUGCUGCGCCACCACCCGUGCAUCGUCAUCUGGGCCGGCAACAACGAGGACUACCAGUACCAGGAGUCGGCGGGGCUCACGUACGACUACGCCAACAAAGACGCCGAGAGCUGGCUCCAGACCGACUUCCCGGCCCGCUACAUCUACGAGAAGGUGCUCGCCGACGCGUGCGCCGACCUGGUGCCCACCACCUUCUACCACCCGGGCUCGCCCUGGGGCGCGGGCCGCGACACGCGCGACGCCACCGUCGGCGACAUCCACCAGUGGAACGUGUGGCACGGCACGCAGGAGAAGUGGCAGAACUUCGACAAGCUGGUCGGCCGCUUCGUGUCCGAGUUCGGCAUGCAGGCCUUCCCCUCGGUCAAGACGAUCGACGCCUACCUGCCGCGGGGCAGGGACGACCCGGACCGGUACCCGCAGUCGUCGACGGUCGACUUCCACAACAAGGCCGAGGGCCACGAGCGGCGCAUCGCGCUGUACCUGGUCGAGAACAUGCGGUACGCGCCGGACCCGCUGGAGCACUUCGUCUACAGCACGCAGCUGAUGCAGGCCGAGUGCCUGGCAUCGGCCUACCGGCUGUGGAAGCGCGAGUGGCGCGGACCGGGCCGCGAGUACUGCGGCGGCGCGCUGGUGUGGCAGAUCAACGACUGCUGGCCCGUGACGAGCUGGAGCAUCGCCGACUACUACCUGCGCCCGAAGCUGGCCUACUUCACCGUCAAGCGCGAGAUGGCGCCGCUCAGCAUCGGCAUCGCCCGCCGCACCCACCGCCACCCGCGCGACAAGUACACGCGCGUCAACAUCGACGUCACGACGCAGAUCGAGGUGUGGGGGAGCAACCUCACGCUCGAGGACGUCACGGCCGACUGCGUGCUGAAGGCGUGGGACGUGGAGACGGGCGAGGAGACCUUCUCGCAGACGGUGGCCACUGCCAAACUGCUGCCGGAGAACAGGUCGACCGAGAUCGCGGCGCUGGACGUGCCGGUGCGGAAGCAGGAUGCCGGGGAGGAGGGCCGCACCGUGGUGGCGGCCUACCUCGUCGACAAGGACGGCAGGCAGGUGGCGCGGUACGUCAACUGGCCCGAGCCGCUCAAGUAUGUGCACUUGCAGAAGCCGAAGGCGCUCAAGGCGCAGCUGACGGCGGAUCGCACGGCCGUCGAGAUCAGCGCCGAGGUGCCUGUCAAGGGCGUGGCGCUGGAGUGUGAGGAUGACAAUGUCAAGUUUGCGGAUAACUUGGUCGACAUCGUGCCCGGCGAGGUGGUGAGCAUUCCGGUUGUGGGGGCAACGGCCGAGCCGAAGAUCGAGACGCGGUACUUGGGCAUGCUCUAGAUGUGAGGAUUACGGAUACAUUACAAUCCUUUCUUCAGGGUACCAGUUACUCCCCAUCAGAUUCCCUGUAAACAAUCGAGACGCCAAUAGAUACAACGACUUGAACACGAUGACGAAAAUGAAAAACUGCUCACCCCACCCCGACCCGUAU